UAAUUCUUCGACAUAUGUGCGCUAGUAAAGUUCGCGCGCAAUAAUCACACAUGUGUGAUUAUUGCGCCCGAAAAAAGAUGCCGCCCGGUACCAUACAUAAUGUAAUAAGUGAAUUUUCAUAGAAGAAGAGAAAAGAAAUUCACUUAAAUAUAGGCCUAAUAAAAUAUUUGGUCAAAAGGUGAAAACAGUUUUAACUAAUUUUCAGUCAAUAGAAACUUACUCUUGCUACUGCAAAAGCUUUAUAAUGCCCCCAAAACGAGGUCAUCGAGCUAAAAUUAAUAAUAAGAAUUCAGAAGAUAAGUUAUCAGAACAAACUUUUGAAGUCAAAAAAGAUACAAAAAAAACUAAACGAGCUGAAAGAGAUAUUGAUAAUCAAAAUGGAAAUGGAAAUGGUGAACCAGAUACUAAACGAACAAAAUCUGAACCAAAAAAAUUAUUGAAUAAAACUGAUUCAAACUUAGAAGAUAUUAAUUUCGAAUGUGAUAAGUUAAAUGUUGAUGGAGAGAAAUACAACAUUAAAAUUUGUCAGUGGAAUGUUUCUGGAGUUAGAGCAGUAGUGAAGAAAAAUGGCUUAAAUUAUCUAAAGUGUGAAAAUGCAGACAUCAUAGUUUUGUUAGAAACAAAAUGUGAGAAAAACAAAAUACCACCUGAAGUAAAAUUAAAAGGAUAUAACCAUUAUUUUCUUGAUAGCAAGAAAACAGGAUAUUGUGGUGUUGCUUUGUUUUCUAAAAAAGAACCUCUCAAAGUAUCUUAUGGAUUGAAUGAUGACCAAUUUGAUGAUGAAGGAAGAUUAAUCAUUGCUGAGUAUGAAACCUUUCAUUUGGUUGCUGUUUAUGUGCCAAAUGCUGGUAAAGGUUUAGUAACAUUACCAAAGCGCUUGAAGUGGAAUGAUGCAUUUAAAAAAUAUAUUCAAGAGUUGGAUAAAUUAAAACCAGUGGUCAUUUGUGGUGACAUGAAUGUAGCACAUCAAGAAAUUGAUUUGACUAAUCCAAAAACCAAUAUGAAAAAUGCUGGGUUCACUAAAGAAGAACGAGAUGGUAUGACUGAUUUUUUGGGAGCAGGUUUCGUUGAUACUUUCAGGAAUCUGUAUCCUGAUAGAACUGGAGUUUAUACUUUUUGGUCAUAUUUCAAUAAUGCACGAAACAGGAACAUUGGCUGGAGACUGGAUUACUACAUUGUUUCUGAAAGAAUUAAAAACAAGGUUUGUGAUGUCGUCAAUAGAGAUCAAGUUUUUGGUAGUGAUCAUUGUCCAGUUGUUUUUUAUGGUCAUCUGUAAAAAACUUUGAAUGUUAAAG